CAACUGACCUAAAACCUCAGUAACAUAAAAAUGAAACUAGAUGUUAUUGGUAUACUGCAAAAGAACUCUAGAAGUAAACGUUAUCAGACCUUAUUUCAGUUUUUAAAAGAGAAUAAAUGGCUUAGGAAGAUUUGAGGGUUUUUUUUUUCUUUUGAGCAACGUUCCAGUCACAUUCCACACCAGUUGGUGGCGAUAAUGCACCAUUCAGUUCUUUGCCAACCGCAAAUAAAACUUAGAAGAAGAAGGAGGAGGCGGCGAAGAGAAGAAACCGGCUUCUCUGUUCUGUGUUCUCAGCUUUCAAACAGAUAAACAUGGGCGAUCCCAUGAGGGUGUUGGUGACAGGUGCAUCCGGGUUGGUGGGCAGGGCCAUACAGCAUGUGGUGAAGGAAGAAGGAGUAGCCAAGGAGGGGGAGGAAUGGAUAUUUCUGUCCUCCAAAGAUGCCAACCUCAUGAAUAUGGACCAGACCCGGGCAGUGUUUGAGAAACACCGGCCUACGCACGUCAUCCACCUGGCUGCUAUGGUUGGAGGGCUUUUCAAGAACAUGAAGUACAACCUGGACUUCUGGAGGAACAACAUCUACAUCAAUGACAAUGUGCUGCAGGCGGCGCAUGAAGUGGGCGUGGUCAAGGUUGUUUCCUGCCUGUCCACCUGCAUCUUUCCUGAUAAGACGACCUAUCCUAUUGAUGAGACCAUGAUCCACAACGGUCCACCUCAUGAGUCCAACUUUGGCUACGCCUAUGCAAAGAGGAUGAUUGAUGUCCACAACAGAGCAUAUUUACAGCAGCAUGGGCGUUGCUAUACAGCUGUGAUUCCCACUAAUGUGUUUGGUCCUCAUGACAACUUUAGCAUCGAAGAUGGUCAUGUGCUACCAGGUCUUAUACAUAAAGCAUACAUUGCUCAAAAGGAGGGGAAACCCUUGGUGGUGUGGGGCUCUGGCACACCUAGAAGACAGUUCAUUUACUCUUUGGACCUGGCUCGUCUUUUCCUCUGGGUCCUGAGGGAGUAUCCAGAAGUUGAGCCAAUCAUUCUCUCUGUUGGUGAGGAAGAUGAAGUGUCGAUCAAAGAAGCAGCAGAAGCUGUUGUUGACGCAUUGGGCUUUAAAGGAGAAGUUGUGUUUGACACCAGUAAAGCAGACGGACAGUUCAAAAAGACGGCCAGCAAUGCAAAGCUGUGCCGGUACCUGCCAGACUUCACUUUCACCCCCUUCAACCAAGCUUUAAAAGAAACCUGUGAUUGGUUUGUUGCCAACUAUGACACAGCCAGGAAGUGAGAAGACUGCCAAACAAAUCGGUGCAAAUUCUUGUUUCAUCUGCUGUUGUGUUGGUAAAGAAUCUGGUGGUGGAGAGAGAGAGCUCAUGGAAAACAAAGUGCUUCACUGCACAAACACAAGGCAGUUGGUGUUGAGUCUUACUGUUGUUGCCCUCUUUCUGCAGCACCAUGCUAUGUUUUGUGCUGAAUGUUGGGUGCAGGACCUGGGACCCCUUUUCUGUAUUUAGCUGGAUUAAAUCGUGGAUGAUUUGUCAGAAUGCCAGUUUGAAAAGUAUUGGACUGAAAUGAUGCCACUGAGCCAUGGUGGCAUCAUUCUUGUGUGAGGAACUGGUUAGAAUCCUUGUCUGUAUAUAAAAGGUGGGUGUAGCUGCCAGGUCUAAAUUGUGAGCUAAUGCAGAAGUGCCUUAACCUGCAUUCUUUUUAAUGGCCAGCAGGGGGUGACUCCUGCAAUUGUAAAAAGCAGUCCAGUCAUGUAGAAAUCUGUGGUCAUCCACAAUCUGGGACCUCAGUAAACACUUUCCUUAUGAGCUUGAGCUCUGUAGCUAGAUUCAAGUCUUAGUUAUUAUAAAGAGACGUUCAAUGACAAGUCAGUACCUUACCUCAUCACAUCUGGUUUCAAAACACCAAAUUGAUAAUUGCAAAAAUUGCAACAACUUCACUAAGCAAAGGGUAAAAUCACAGUAGUGAAGUCCAUCUAUCAUAUACUGGCUAUGGUUGUGAUUGUGGACUCAAUGUUAGAGAAGCAUUUCAAGCAUUUAAGAGACCACUGCAAAAUCAUGAUCAUUUAGCAUACUCUGUACUUGCAUUUAGAGGUGCCCCCUCAGUCAAUAGGAAAUAAUACACAUAUGAAAUUUACUAUUAGUCUGUAGGCUAGGGCUUAAAGUCAUCAUUGCUGAAUCCGUCCAGCUGCUGUGAGGAAGAGCGUUCUUCUUCUACGCCCUCUAAAUUCAGGUGCUUUCAGCUCGUUUUCCCAUUUAGGCGCUCUUUGUAUUUGCUUUUAAAAGGACAGACAUUAAUUGUGCUGUAGCCUAUUGAUUUAAAAGAAGGAUUUUCUGCCAUUUUUCUACUGUCCCUCACUAUAUUUUUCUCUAGUCGAAUUUUAAAGGGUGCUGAGCUACAUGUAAGCUUAUUGUUUUUGGUUUUUUUCCUUCCCUCCCAGUUUUAACUUAAAUUGCAGAGUUGCUGAUUGUGGUUUCCAGUGUCAGUGUUACCAGCAGGAAGAGUUCAAUCAUCUCAGAUUUAAUCCAACUGUUUUAAUCUAAACUAGAUCAUCCAGCUGAGCGUGGAACGUACAGAUCGUGGGGUCCACUGUCCUUCAGUAAAAGAACAAUGAUGUCAUCACCUAUUCUACGACCCGUAUGAAGAAGUUUUUGUUUUAUUCACUGUGGUAGUGUUUAUCAUUUCAGGUGGGAAACGGGCUGCUUCAAUCUUGUAAUCCAGGUGCUGGCACAACAUAAUUAAUUCAGAAAUCAGAAUUGUUUUGACUUUGUUUGUUAUUGAAGGGUUUGGGAUUUGAAUGUUCGAAUUACUUGGCAUUGAUCCAGUUUAUAUAAUUGAGCAUUAUGUGGGCUAGUGGUUUGGGUUUUUGUUUUUUUUUAAACAAAUCAGAGCAAAAUAAAUAUUUUAUAUCUGCAA